ACUGGGAGGAUCUGGGAUUUCACAGUGUCGCUGGGUCAAUGACUGUCAGAUGUGUUCAAUAAAUUGUGCGCGAAAUCCAUUUUUUUUAUUUUAAUCAACAAUUUUUUGAGGAAUCGGUCAACAUGUUGUCGCUUUCCAUAAUUUUACUCCUCUGCUGGCGAAGUGCCCUCUCGGAGGAGAAGAAACCCCCGGAGGGAAUGAUCGACCAGAUAGCUCAGGCCUCUGGGUCGGCAUCCCCAAAGAGUCCCGACUCACCUGGCCCAAUCGUGUACCAAAACUCAAACGGAUUUGUCCCGAUGCUGAACUACCCACCCCCGAGCACGUCUCCCCAAUCCCCAGAGGCCCAAAAAAAUUCCACCCCGAUCCACUGGCCCCGGAACCCAGUGUUUUCACCAGAGGCUCGUCUCCUGCUGACGCUCCCCAACACUGGGCCCAUCCGUCGCUCCUUCCAAGAAUCCCAGAACGACUUCGAGAUUCUAAAAGUCAACAACGACACCCCAGCAAUAGCCAACUACCAGGAGUUCUACUCGAACCUCCAGAAGACGAUGCACCCGUCGAGAGAUCCUAAUAAAUUCUCCUCGAGAUCGCGCGACCCCAUUCGACAGAUCGACGACUACUACUCGAGCCUGGAUCCGAUGUACGUACGAGCAAAUCAUUAUCCCCAAGUUCCGAAUCCCCAGGACGCCCUGAAGCCUUCGGUCUUCGAGCCCGAGAAAGUCCACAACAAUUACCCGCAGUACCAAGUCUUCAAUUAUAACCCAGUGCCUCCACGAUCCUCAACCUUCGAGGGCCAGACAUCGAUGAUAAAACCGGAAAAAAAAUCCCCACGCGAUCCCCCGAAGAAUCGACACCUGCAGAGGCCCGUGGUGAUCCCUGAACCAACGGCUCACCGAGCGACCCAGGGUAUCGGCGAGGUAUCGACAUACCCGUACGAAAGUAAUCCCCAAGGUGUCAAUAAAUACCUCAACGACAGAAAAGAGGACUACUCCGACAUCAGCUCUGACUACCUGGAGAUAACCGAGCGUCCAAAAAGAGUGAACAAAUCCCGAAAGCGUCUGGAGUCGCGACGACCCACCACCGAGGAUUCAAAAAAAACACGAGGAAAAUCGCGUGCUCGCGUGAAGACAUACUGGACGGAGUCUCAAUCACCACCAGAUGAUUCCCCGAAUAAUCCAAACCCAGAGGAUCCACCAAAUAUUCCCACAAGUCCCCAGAGCACUUGGUCCCAGGUAGCACCGAACGUCGAGCUGUCCCAAUCCCAGGGUUACGAAUUGAAUCAACUGGAGAAUCCAAAUCUCAUCCUCCCGGUCAACCUGAAUCUCCUCCCCCUGGGUAAUUAUCCCAUCCUCCCCAGUACAGCUGCCCCCCUCAUCACCACCCCCACCGCAUUGCACCACCAAAAGCUACAACCCAUGAAAAACUACCCCACCUCAAUUCCCGACGUUAUAAUCGGACAAAACACCUUCCAGAGUCCCGUUCAAGCAGUUAUCAUCCCCCCCAUGGGCCUACCCCAGCCCAUCAAGUACCCCCCCAUGAAAACCCAGUACCUAGCAAGUACCGUAACCCCGAUGUUCACCAUCACCCAGUACUCCCCCACCGUCCGCACCAUCCACCCAACUCAAUCUCCAAAAAUAGCAACUCCAGGAAAUCAAUACGGGCCGCAGCUAUUUCUCCCUCAAUCAACCGUUCACACUCUACUCCAGUCACCACUCAGCAAUAACAAUUACAAUUUUAUCGUUAAUCGGGGUCAAGGUGACGUACACCCUCAGAAUUCCCUGGGAAAUCACCAGGAUAACACUCACAUCCUGACCACCGCCCAUUUAUCCGUCAGUCAAGGUGAUACUAAUAAUAACAACAACAGUAAUAAUCUUGAUAAAUAUCGACAGACAUUAGAUAAUAAUUCAGCAGGAAGUGUGAAUAAUCCAGCCCCCGGGAGGUCUCAGAUCCCGGGAAAUUUGUAUCCAGUGAUCAGAGGAGCUCAAGUUGUCCCAGCGAUAAUCCACACAGGCGGUGGAAUGUCCGGAGUUGAUCUGAUCAAUCAGAACGGACAGAUAACUCAAACACCGGUGACCCAGUACCUGGCGCAGUUGCCGAAGAGUUCGUUGACACCCGGGGAUAACUGGCGGCUUCAGCAAUUUCAGGUGGCAGGUGAUAAAAACCGGUACCAGGGGUUGUACAGUGUUGACAGUCAGGGGAGUACGAGUAAUAAUAAUGUUAAUGCAAUUAAUGAUGGAAAAAUUGGUGGAGGAUACGUUGAGCAGGGACAGCUGCCGACGGUGGGGAUGCAGACGGUGGAGAUAAGAAAUCCGAAUAUAAGUCCGGGGAUCAGGCCGAGUCCUGUGGACCUGACUGUCGUUAAUCCUCUUGAAACUGUCAAUCAUUACGCGACUGUCUUGACAACUCCCAUUCCAAUAUUGAGUACAACUGGAUUUUUGACACCUCGACCUGUCACGAGCACAGAAUCCAUCCAGAAUUACGUGGAUUCCCUGACGCAGAUUGGUUCACAGGGUCAGGGAAAUGUAGGGCAUCAGGGAAAUGUAGGGCAUCAUGGGAAUCAGGGAAAUCAAGGAAAUCAGGGAAAUCAGGGAAUGUUUAAUCCCCUGAAUUUUGUACCGAACUGGGACUUGAUAAAGAGUCAGACAAUGCUGAACAGCAAGGUUCACGUGCCCAGGCCCCUGCCCCAGGAGUUGAGCCUCGUCCCCGUCGUUCCAGGUGGCAAUUUCGACAAGCAUUCACCCAGUGCUCAACUCGAUCUCGUCACCAAACCAAAACUCAGCUCGGAUCUCGAAAAAUACGCGGAGGAGAUGUUCAAGGAGUCCCUGAGGACGAUCUACAACACUCACAAGUGGAAUAACGAUAGAAGAGUGAGAAACCUGACGGAUGGGGAUAUCGCUGAGCUCGAGAGAUUGAAGAGUGAUCUCAGCAGGUUCAGGGCUGCCAUGAAUGGUUACGGUAGGGAUGUCCUCGAGGCGCAUCAUUCCGAGACGAAAUUCCGAGCUGUUGAGCCAGUAAAAAAUUCGGGGCUGUCGGUAGCUGCAAUUGAACAACUUUUCAAAUCUGAUUUUAAGGGGAAUGGAUUGGAGAGUGGAUUUACUCAUGAUGGCAAGCUACGGGGGAGGGAAAAAACAAGGAUAAGUGACUAUUUGACUCCCCCCAAACUCAGUUCGUACAAAACUACGGAUAAUAUCGGCAAAAAGCGACCGGGCAAGGGUCCAAGACAUGAGGGUAUUAAGUCAAGACCACACUCCAAGACAAACAGGCCAGCAUCACUGGAUACUGCUGCCAGCAAUCAUGUGAUAUAUUCUCACCGGAGGCCGUCACAUGAUCGGAGUUAUUCGCAGAAGUAUAAGGGAAUCAAGGGUGAGGAUUAUCCAAGUCUUACCACCGCAUUGCCACGGGAUUUUGCGAGAACACGUGACGAGAAAACCAGGGAUUUCAUCGAUUUUAAUCAGCCAAGGGUUCACAAUCUCCUGGGACUACUCAUGAAGAAUAAACAACUUCCUAAUGGUGCAUCCAGCUAUUUUUUUGAUCACGUGGAGAAUCAGCCACUCGAGGACGAGGAGACUGCGAAUUUCAGAAAGAAAAUUGAUAGCUUUCAGUUAUCGCGGGAUUUUUUGUCGAAGGGGAUUCAUUGAUUAGGAGGGGCUCUUCAGGGUAAAAAUGGAUAUUCCAUUUUUUUUUUAAUUUGAAGAGAAAGAUUUUACAGGAAAAUUAUGUGAUCGGAGGUUUUUGAUGUUUUGGAGAGAUAAAUUAAAUUUUUAAUGCAAGAAACACUUUGUAGCUCAGGAAAAAUGAAGGAUUACAGAAUAAUUAAUUAUUUAAAUUUCCUGGGAUGAAUUAUCGUUUUGAAAAGAGUAUAAAAUAAUUCGAGAGAAUAAUUGAGAGAGGAGAAUAAUUCUGAUGAUGGAUUUUUUCCAAAUAUCUGAAAGACUAGAAUCGAUUUCCAAUUGUUUAAUAAAAAAUAUAUUAAUAUCAGGGUAAUUAACGUUAAGUUCAUUAUCUUGCCAAAGUAUAGAGGAAAUGACGAGUCAUUCACGAGUUUAAUUCAAUUGUGACUGAUGAUUUCGCGUGAGUCCACGGCAUCUCCAUCAGGACAGCCCCAAUAACCUGUAAAUAAA